GUGUUCGUGGAAAUAACAUUCAAAAUCUCAAGGAGUUGUCUAACUAUCUAUAAUGGAGUUUUCGGAAGACUGGAAGUCCCUAUGGCCCGUAUCCUUAUCAUUCUCUCCUCCACUCCUCCUCCCAAACAAAACAUCAAAACGGCAGCGUCUCGAGAAAAGAUCUAUUGGACCUCUAAUCUUCAACCCAUGUCGGGAAACGCUGAUUCAGCUUUUUUGCUACCCUUCCAUAUCCCCUCGCCUUCCUCCACCAUAUCCAGAAGUCACCCUUCCAAAAUUUCUACUUACAUCAAGUACCUUACCCAUUGCCUCUACCAUUGCAUCUGAUUUGAGAGGCUCACAGGAUCCUGACACUGUUCACAACUUCAAUGCUCUUCAGUUGCUUCAUUGCCCUAACCUAGGCGCUGAUAGUGAUGAUACUAUGGUUCUUGCUUUUUUCCCCACCGGCGAUAAUUCUGAUCAGCUAGGGUUUGCUGUGCUCACUUUGAACGAUUCGAAAUUUAUGAGCGUUAAGAAACGCAAGGAUAAGAGCGAUUUCUUUGUGCAUAGUCGCAGGUUGAACCAUCGGAUGUCUAGAUUAUUGAUCAAUCCAGUUGGUGAUUUUGAUGUCUUUUUAUCGUCUUCAUCUUCAUCCUUUUGUUAUACUGUUAUUGGAUAUGUCAUGGUUUGCACAACAUAUUCUGUGCAUUGGUAUAUUGUUAAGAUGCCUAGAGAUGUUGGCUUAGGGGAUGUAGUUUUAGAAUAUGGUGGCCAUGCUGGUGUUAAGUUAUUUCAAGGUUCUUCUAUUGUUCAUGCCUGUUGGAGUCCACACUUGAGCGACGAGUGUAUUGUGCUUCUUGAGAAUGGCAAACUCUUCUUGUUUGAUAUGAGUGUUUGUUUGAAGAAAAUUAACAGGAGAAUGUUAGACGUGCAAGGCCAAAAAUUGUGUAUUUCAUGGGGCAGUUACUUGAAUAAAAAAAGUGGGAGCUGGUUGAGUUGUGAAUUCAGUUGGCACGCUCGACUUUUGGUGGUUGCUCAUUCUAGUACACUUUUCCUAGUUGAUUUGAGUUCUGACAGCUGUAAAGUUUCCGUUUUAUUAAAGGCUGAUUUUUUAUCGACUGAGAACGUUGAUAGAUUUGUUGCUAUAUCUCAGUCAGAUUCUAGUGGCUUUUGUUUUGCAGUUUCUUCAAAUAGUUUGCUUAUACUCUGUGAUGUGAGAAAACCAUCUAUGCCAGUGUUGCAAUGGGCUCACAAUCUCCGAAACCCUAAAUACGUUACAGUUUUCAAAUUAUCCACACUUCGCCCAACUGCCGAAGACCAUUAUGAUUUCAAGUGGGCAUCUGAAUCGGGCCACUGCAUUUUAUUAGGUUCGUUUUGGAAUUGUGAAUUUAUUCUUUUUUUCUAUGGACCACCAGAUGACAGGAGAGGACCCCAUGCUAUUUCAAGUGUGUGCAACUCAUUGUCUUCAUGGGGCGUACCUUCAGAACUUUGUUUGUCGGGGCGUGAAUGCUUUUGUGGAAGUUGUCUCGUAAAAGGAGAUUUCCUUAAGGAUCUUCUUCUGGUUUGGGUUGAUUGGAAACAGAAGAAACACAUUGUUUUGGGUUUUGCAAUUCUUGAUGGGUUCUCUCUUGUUAGAUUAAUGUCCUCUGGCAAACUAGAAGCUCAAAGAUACGUUGCGGCUUGGGAAUUCAAUAACAUUUCGGGAGAAGCCCACAAAGACUCUAUGUUCAGUAUCACCAAAGAGAAUUUCCUGUAUGACACAUACGAUUAUGAGGAGCAUGCAAAACACAAGUUUGAAUACCUGAAAAUGGACUUCCUUAAAGAGUAUUUGUGUGGCAAUCUUGCUCAGCUUGUUGACAAUAAACAAAAAAGCAAUCAGAGGUGUGCUGAGGGAAACAAAUCAAAGUUCCAUCAUGAGAUAUGUGAGAAGCUAAAGGAAUGUGGCACUGCAUUGCUAAGACCGCCACAUGUUAUUUCGGUAAUAUUAAAAAAAGCUGUCACCUUUCCCACUAGCAUUAAUGAGGUUGCAUUGAAAAGUAUUUGGGGUAGUUUGCCUAUGAAUUUCCUUGCCUUGGCUGCCUUUUCUGCCUUUUUCAAUGGCAGUAAAGUCUUUUCAGAUAAAACUCGAUUUCUUUUUCCUUUUGCCUCUUCAUCUAAUGAACAGGUGCGAUCUUCUCAUGAUGAUGUUGCUGCCCAUGUCAGCCCAGUUCUUCCCACUCAUCUCUUGAUUGUUCUUCGUAAACAUGAAUUGGAAGAAACUGGUAUUUCCCCCGUUGAUGAUGAAUUUCAAAAUGAGUGCGAUAAAGUUUUGAAAACAGCAUUUGCAAUGCAGAAUGGAGAGAUGUUAUCACUUGCCGAUGAAAAUGAUGAGAUACCAAAAAUGGCUGGAAAAAUGAAUGUUUUUUGCUUUCAUAAACCUACUUUUACUUCUUCAAGAUCUGAUGACAACCUAAGUAGGACAUAUCAGACCUUUGUUUACAAGAAAUGCCAGAAAGAGGUCUUAGGGGUGGUGGAGGAGGUCUUUGAUGAGGGAUGCCCAUUAGAGUUGAAUUUCAAUUGCUGUGAUUUUGACUUGACACCAAAUGAACUGGAUUUUCUUCAGCGCAUGAAGAGGCACGACUUGAAUUUUGUAGAACGAUUCCAGCCAUAUCAAGAAUAUCUGUACAACCAAGAAAGAUAAGUUGAUGGGAUUCAGUUGUUUUUCCUAAUGUUGAGCAUUGUGAUGAAGCUGAUUUUAGCAUGCAGAUACAGGAGCUUGCUAACAAGGCCAACCACCAAAAUCAGUGGGGUAGUAGCCGGGGGACAACUACCAGUAUUUUAUUAGAACAGUAGAAGUUCAGUACAAUAUCAGACAGCGGGGGACUAGACCAAAACCGCUCCUGAAGGAAAUAAUGCUAGAAUCUAUAUAAUAUUCCAUAUAUUGACAAGAUUUCACUGGCACACUUGAGUUUUAUGUUGCAGAGAGAAGCUGACCCAGGUAUACUGCCCCUUUUUAUGUUCUCUCGGUGAUGUCUAUUCAAUUUGUUGUGAAGAGCUGUAUUGAAAACCUUCAUGUCAACUGAAUGCAAAAUCUCUCAAAUAAGAAGAGGGGUUGGAUGGCAAGCAAUAAAAAUUGCCCUUGAGCCUAUACAAAAGGGAGAAGAGGCGAUCUUGUGAUAAUUUAUUCUGCCAAUGCAUGCUGUCAUGAUGAUCCUUGUGAGAUAAAAACACCUACUCCGUAUUAAUUUUUAUUUUUGGCCUGCUAUGGCAUUGAUAUUAAUUGGCCUUGGAUCAUAAAUAUUUACAUUUAUAGAUUACUACGUAGUAUUUCGUAUAUAGAUGAUGAGCUUCCCCUGGAGGAGAAACAGGCUUUUCUUGCAGAUUAUGGCUUCAGAUGUAAAUGUCCCAAAUUUCUUGAAGACUUUUUGAAUUUUAUAUCUUGUGAAUCCAAUUAACAUACAUCCCCAGAUUAGUUGUUA